CCGAGGCUCAUUGCUUUGGCGCCGUCUGGGGAGCGUGAGCCUGCGGGUGGCGCGCAGCGCAUGGUGGCGGCUUCUCUCGGAGCGCCGCCGACCCGCUGACCCGGGCUCGGUUCUCUGUGCCCGGUGCGCCCCGGCGACCAGCUGGAGAUACACGCAGCAGCAGCCUUAGCAGCAGCAAAGGCGGCUGCUCUGCCGCCCGCGUCUCCGCGGGAGCAUGGAGUGCGCCCUGGACGCCCAGAGCCUGAUCAGCAUCUCCCUGCGCAAGAUCCACAGCUCCCGAACCCAGCGCGGCGGCAUCAAGCUGCACAAGAACCUCCUAGUGUCCUACGUGCUCCGCAACGCGCGCCAGCUCUACCUGAGCGAGCGGUACGCCGAGCUCUACCGGCGCCAGCAGCAGCAGCAGCAGCAACAGCAGCCGCCCCACCACCAGCACCAGCACCAGCACCUCGCAUACGCGGCUCCGGGAAUGCCGGCCAACGCGGCCGACUUCGGCCCGCUCCAACUUGGCGGCGGCGGGGACGCGGAGGCGCGCGAGCCGGUCGCCCGGCACCAGCUGCACCAGCUCCACCAGCUCCACCAGCUGCACCUCCAGCAGCAGCUCCCUCGCGUCCCGGCCGCCUGCUCUGCGCCCUCAGCGCCCCCGGGGGCUGCCCCACCGACCGUCGCCGCUUCCUCUCCGCCCGCCUCUCCAGCCCCUUCCUCGUCCCCUGGCUUCUACCGGGGCGCGUACCCGGCCCCCUCGGACUUCGGUGUGCACUGCAGCAGCCAGACCACCGUGCUGGACCUGGACACUCACGUGGUGACCACGGUGGAAAACGGCUACUUGCACCAGGACUGCUGCGCCUCCGCCCACUGCCCCUGCUGUGGCCAGGGCGCUCCGGGACCCGGCCUGGCGUCCGCCGCUGGUUGCAAGCGCAAGUAUUACCCUGGCCAGGAGGAAGAGGACGACGACGAGGAGGACGCGGGUGACCUGGGAGCCGAGCCCCCCGGGGGCGCCCCGUUCGCCCCCUGUAAGCGCGCCCGCUUCGAGGACUUCUGCCCGGACUCGUCCCCGGACGCGUCCAACAUCUCAAACUUGAUCUCCAUCUUUGGCUCGGGCUUCUCGGGGCUGGUGAGCCGACAGCCGGACUCCUCGGAGCAGCCGCCGCCGCUCAACGGGCAGCUGUGCGCCAAGCAGGCGCUCGCCAGCCUCGGCGCCUGGACUCGAGCCAUUGUCGCCUUCUAGGGACCCCCGAGGGCAUGGGGACCCUGGGCCCCGCGGGGCUGGGGCCAGACAAAGACUCGGCCAAGGGACGAUAGGGAGCGAGCGGGUCCUGGCCACUCGGGGCGAGCAGGGGGCGAGCAGAGGCUGAUGUUUUAUAAACUGUAAAAUAAAAAAAAAUCUAAAAAAUCUUGGACUUUAUUUUUGCAGAGAGAAAAAGCGCCUAUUUAAGUAUGCUUUGUGUUUCUCUUACUCUUUUUUUUCUUUUUAUUGUACUGAUUGCAGUGGUGUUUAGUGAGGAGCCUGCCACGUGAGGCAGGGCUGCUGCCCGGAGGAGGUGCCGGGCAGCCGGGGGCGAGGCUGGGUGCCGGGGCGCGCUGGGGGCGCAACGCAGGAGGGCGCGGGGCCCGGGACGCCGACUCCAAUCAGUUGUCAGCCUGGAAGCCCGACGUUCCGCUCUCCUGAGUUCCUCUCUAGGGUGAGGAAUGGGUCUUGUGAAAUUCUGAGCAAAAAAACAAAGGCAAACUCUAUCUCCAAAAGGGACGUUUCGGUCACAUUUCCUCUCUGGGGGCGGCCUCCAAAGUUCUCAAAAUGAGAAGGCAGAAAUGAAAACACUUCAACUUUUUUUUUCUUUUCUUGCCGGGGCGGGCGUCUAGAACCCCUCCUCUCCCCGCCCCUCUGGCUCCGUCCUCCUCCCCUCCUCCACCCGCCUCCCGGACCAGGGGGAAGGUGGCGCCCGACACCCCGACACUCAGCACAGUUGGGGAAGGGGUGGGGGGCGAGCAGGGCGAACUACAUUUCCCAUCAUGCCCAGCACUGCGGUCCUCACUAAACAAAAAAGGAAGUCGAUUCCUUCACCUGGAUCCCCGGCGGCCCCGGGGGAGGGAGGGGCCCGGACCGCCGACUGCGCUGGAGACUUUUCGCUUAGCUUCACUUAGCUCCUGGUCAGCAGUGGUGUUUGUGUGCGCGCUUCUAAGUUACCUUGUCCUGCUUCGCUCUUCGGUUCCAUCUCGUGAAACCAGCAUUGUUCCAGCCUGUGAGAACCCUGUCUGCGUCCUCAGCUCGAUAGAUUCUGUUUAAUUUAAAAGCCUUUUGUUGUGAGAAGGUGAGGUUCGCCUAGACCCCCUCUGGGUCUCUACCAUUACCACCUCAGAGACUCCAAAACAAGUUGCCAACCUUGUCUUUCCGGCCCUUCUUCCUCCUGUAUUUUUGUGCAUACUGAAUUGAAUCUCACCGGGUAAAACUGUUCAGAUUAUUUGUUUAAAUUUAUAAUCUUAAUAAAAAGUCGACUGUA